AUGCAAUGUGUGAACCUGAAGUGGUUAUCAGUUAAGCAGAACAAGCUUCAAAGCUUAAAAGAGGCACAUAAUUAUUUUCUGGAAUAUAUAUCCAAGGCUUAUCAAGCUCUAACCGAUCCAAUAUCACGAAGUGAAAGACCGACAUCAACACAACACUCGUCUUCUCCAUCUCGUCUUCUGCCAGUACUAUGUCUUGAAGCAUACUUAAUCUGCAUAUUUAUAUCUUAUGAAACCCUCUUUAGCUCCAAGAAAAAUGAAGCAUCUACAUCAGGAACAAGAACACCAUCAUUGAACAAAAGAUGGGUUUGGGGGAGAGGAGAGAAGAUGUUUCUUGGAACUCAUGUACAAGGAAAAAUUCCUGAGGUUUAUGGGCAACAGGGAUCAAGCAAGAGAACACUUGCUCUUAAUGUAAUCAAGGAAGCUCAAAAUCUUAGAGGUACUUUUAGAGUAAUCUUGGAGAUUUGGCUUGGAGUUGAUAUGAUUAAAAAAUCAAUUAACAUUUUGGGAUUAUCUGUAAAUAAUGUCUCACUCGGUUAAAUAGUAAACAUUUCACUUGAAAAUUUGAUAUUUCAUUCUAACACGAUUAAACACAUUUGAGUUGGCCUUAAUUUGGAUGCAGGAGCUUCAAAAGUUGGCACAAAAAUGUCAUAUUAUGAGUUUUCUUGAAAGGAGAGAACAUAGACAUUAGGAAGUCUUCUGAUUUUUACUGAUUGUUUCAUGAAAUUACAUAAUCCAGCAACACUGAUGGGCUGUUGUCAUACUUUUUCUUUAGGUACUUUAUAACAAAUUGUAAACAUUGAUCCCGGAAAAACGACAUUGAAGGCUUCCGACUUUGCAGGGGACACUUUUCUAGUUCGUAUAGAGAUUAUCUAUAUCUAUAUUAAAACAAUGAUUUAAAUAAUGUUACGUAUUUUAGAUGUUUUUCCACAACUUUUAAUGGUUUGGUUUUGGCCCACACCCUUGGUCCA